AUGGAUAUGGCAUUGGCUGGAAAGGCCAGAAUAGGGAUUGUGAUGAGGGAGUGUCAGGCCAUGAAGGGACAGCCUCAUCGUUAAAGUGGUCAGGCCAACUUUAAAGAUAAGACCAGCCACUAUGGCAGCCCCACUGCUGAAGUGUUCUGGGCAUGGGCUUAUUGUCACAACAGCACUUCAAAAAAGUGGAAACAUAUCUAACAAUGUUCUUACUUUAUGUGCUUACACUGUCCUGCUUGGGUCUAUUCAUAAAAUCAAAAAUUUCUAAAUGUUUUUCUAAAAUGAUUUUUAAACACCCAUUCUUGCUUCCUAAUCUCCUGAUUUCUAAUGUGCAGUAGCCUUAGGAAUUUUGUCUUCAGACAGCUGUAUGAGUUGCUAACAGAUUUACAACAUUUAGAUCAAACUAGUCAAGCUGAAAAAAAUCCACCUUUUUGCCACAGCCAUUGUGACCUGAAUGUCGCCAACCAGGAUUUAACUCAGUCUCUCACUAUUUAGUGAACAAACAACUUACAUUUUCACUGGGGAUUUUUUCCCAUAGAGCCAUCUGUUAACCUUUUGCCUACAUUAUGACUCACACUCUGGUUUACACAAGAUUCAUUCAGGUGUUUCUUGUGAAGGUAUAUAUUGAGACACUUGACGGAAAAUCUACUGGCUUUAUCUUUUUUAGCUACAAUUUUAUGUUUUUUGUUACAAAACUCAUUUCCCUCUAUGAAUGAGGUGUACAAUAAAUAAAAGAGAGAACACAAUCUAGCUAUAAAGCAGCGCAUUGUUUUAAUUAAAGAAUUCACUCAACUUCCUGGUUCAGCAGAGAGUUUAGUUUUAUCAGUUCACAUGUUUAACUAUACAGGGAGUGCAGAAUUAUUAGGCAAGUUGUAUUUUUGAGGAUUCAUUUUAUUAUUGAACAACAACCAUGUUCUCAAUGAACCCAAAAAACUAAUUAAUAUCAAAGCUGAAUAUUUUUGGAAGUAGUUUUUAGUUUGUUUUUAGUUUUAGCUAUGUUAGGGGGAUAUCUGUGUGUGCAGGUGACUAUUACUGUGCAUAAUUAUUAGGCAACUUAACAAAAAACAAAUAUAUACCCAUUUCAAUUAUUUAUUAUUACCAGUGAAACCAAUAUAACAUCUCAACAUUCACAAAUAUACAUUUCUGACAUUCAAAAACAAAACAAAAACAAAUCAGUGACCAAUAUAGCCACCUUUCUUUGCAAGGACACUCAAAAGCCUGCCAUCCAUGGAUUCUGUCAGUGUUUUGAUCUGUUCACCAUCAACAUUGCGUGCAGCAGCAACCACAGCCUCCCAGACACUGUUCAGAGAGGUGUACUGUUUUCCCUCCUUGUAAAUCUCACAUUUGAUGAUGGACCACAGGUUCUCAAUGGGGUUCAGAUCAGGUGAACAAGGAGGCCAUGUCAUUAGAUUUUCUUCUUUUAUACCCUUUCUUGCCAGCCACGCUGUGGAGUACUUGGACGCGUGUGAUGGAGCAUUGUCCUGCAUGAAAAUCAUGUUUUUCUUGAAGGAUGCAGACUUCUUCCUGUACCACUGCUUGAAGAAGGUGUCUUCCAGGAACUGGCAGUGGGACUGGGAGUUGAGCUUGACUCCAUCCUCAACCCGAAAAGGCCCCACAAGCUCAUCUUUGAUGAUACUAGCCCAAACCAGUACUCCACCUCCACCUUGCUGGCGUCUGAGUCGGACUGGAGCUCUCUGCCCUUUACCAAUCCAGCCACGGGCCCAUCCAUCUGGCCCAUCAAGACUCACUCUCAUUUCAUCAGUCCAUAAAACCUUAGAAAAAUCAGUCUUGAGAUAUUUCUUGGCCCAGUCUUGACGUUUCAGCUUGUGUGUCUUGUUCAGUGGUGGUCGUCUUUCAGCCUUUCUUACCUUGGCCAUGUCUCUGACUAUUGCACACCUUGUGCUUUUGGGCACUCCAGUGAUGUUGCAGCUCUGAAAUAUGGCCAAACUGGUGGCAAGUGGCAUCGUGGCAGCUGCACGCUUGACUUUUCUCAGUUCAUGGGCGGUUAUUUUGCGCCUUGGUUUUUCCACACGCUUCUUGCGACCCUGUUGACUAUUUUGAAUGAAACGCUUGAUUGUUCGAUGAUCACGCUUCAGAAGCUUUGCAAUUUUAAGAGUGCUGCAUCCCUCUGCAAGAUAUCUCACUAUUUUUGACUUUUCUGAGCCUGUCAAGUCCUUCUUUUGACCCAUUUUGCCAAAGGAAAGGAAGUUGCCUAAUAAUUAUGCACACCUGAUAUAGGGUGUUGAUGUCAUUAGACCACACCCCUUCUCAUUACAGAGAUGCACAUCACCUAAUAUGCUUAAUUGGUAGUAGGCUUUGAGCCUAUACAGCUUGGAGUAAGACAACAUGCAUAAAGAGGAUGAUGUGGUCAAAAUACUCAUUUGCCUAAUAAUUCUGCACUCCCUGUAUUCAGAAAAGCACCAUCAAGUGUCACUCAGGGUUAUUCACUAAACUCAGAAUUUUUGCGAUUUAACAUUUUAAUGGCAAAACUGAGACUAAAAUAUCAGCCAUAAUUUCAACUUGACUAUUGGUGCCUGAGUUUUGCCUUUUGGAUGUAAGUAGCUAAAAUCUUGAGUUGAACUCGUUAUGCAUUCUUCUUCGUUAGGUUUUCCAGUAAUUGUAUUAGUCUACAGAUGUAGAUGCAGUGCAGAAUAUUCCAGAAUAUAAUUCUUUUUUGUUAACCCCUUAAGGACACAACUUCCGGAAUAAAAGGGAAUCUUGACGGAAUAUUUCUGUCAUGUGUCCUUAAGGGGUAAACUAAUCUUGGAACAACAAGCUUUUGGGGAGGUUCUCCCUUUGUCAAGUCACAAAAACUAAAGUUAAAGGACCACUAUAGUGCCAGGAAAACAAACUCGUUUUCCUGGCGCUAUGGUAUUAAUAGGUCCCCCCCACCCUCAUGGCCCCCCUCCCGCUGGGCUCUAGGGGGAGGAAGGGGUUCAAUUCUUACCUUUCUCCAGUGCCGGGCUCCCUCAGCGCUGGUUACUCUCCUCAUCCUUCAGAUGUCAUCGGCUGAAUGCGCAUGUGCGGCAAGAGCCGCGCGCGCAUUCAGUCAGUCCAUAGGAAAGCAUUCUCAAUGCUUUCCUAUGGACGCUGGCGUCUUCUCACUGUGAAAAUCACAAUGAGAAGCGCGGAAGCGCCUCCAGCGGCUGUCAAUGAGACAGCCACUAGAGGCUGGAUUAACCCAUAUGUAAACAUAGCAGUUUCUCUGAAACUGCUAUGUUUACAGCAGGCAGGGUUAACCCUAGAUGGACCUGGCACCCAGACCGCUUCAUUAAGCUGAAGUGGUCUGGGUGCCUAUAGUGGUCCUUUAAAUAUAAUAGGCAGCUUUAAUAUAUUGGGAGAACAGGUGAAUAACUCAGCAAUAGGCUGGCAUACCCUUUAUCUUAUUUUCUUUCAUGGUCUUAUAUUUUUUUGCUUCCCUGAGAGUGACCUGGCCCUUUAAAAAGUGUGCUUAUUUGGAGAGAAAUUAAAGUUAUAUUUGCUUUGUAUGUUUGUCCUUUACAAAAGCAAACUGUUGAGCAAAUCAUUUUGUUUGCCCACUCUUUAUAUGUGCCAGUCCAGUACACUUAGAAUUACAGCAUUAACAAUGAGAAACCUGGACAAUACGCUGUAUUUGGAGACACCAAGUGGUAGAGAUUGGCACUUUUUCCAUGAACCAGAACUUCUCCUUUGCUGAAAUUAUUUGAGAAAUAGUAGUGUCUACUAAUAAAAUAUUAACUUUUUUACUGUCUGGAAUAAAGCAAUAGAACUUUUUUUUUCUCACGUCAAAGUUUCUUAAUGAUUGACAUAAGAGCAGAAAUUAAUUUUUAUUUGAUUUGAUAAAAAAUAUCUCUGCUCAGCAGAAAUUAAUUUCACACACCUUAUUUAACAGGCUUGCAUUUUUGUAGGUAAAUUAAGUGUUUUUUCAACUGAAAACAAAUGUAUGUGUAUAUGUUGCACACCACAUAAAAAAUAAAUAAUAUUCCGUAUUUCACACAAUGCGAAACAAAAAUAUCUUCCAGUAAGGGUGUAGACCCUAGCAUAUGCUCCCCUCCAAAAACAUAAAAUAUUGCAAUUCUCCAUAAAAUGAAAUGGGGAUACUCCAUGAAUGGACAAUUUCUUCCACUGCCCAAGUAUUGAUGGGUUAUGUAUGUUACAUAUUUUCUCCUUCCUGGGCUGUGGAAGACAGUAUUAAUAUAUAUGGUAGACAAGAAGAGAUUCCAGGCCUUUCAGUCCUUUGAUUAUAGGACCAAGGGAUGCACGAUCCACUGGCCCCUGUCCACUGGAGCUAGAGGAUCCACAACCUCCGUACCUAAUAUAAUGACCGGCAACCAUUGUACAGCGCUACAGAAUGUGAUGGCGCUAUAUAAAUAAUAAUAAUAACUAUAAUAGUGGACCAAUAGAUAAAUUACCACCUUGAAUGCUUCACAUAACAUGACUUUUACUUUAGUAGGGACAAUGGGACAGGAUUAAAAAUCCAGUCUACUCCAGUCUAUAGUCAAGAUUUUAACAACCCAUAAGGUCCAUUUAAUAUUAAAACAGUCAGUUAUGGUAAAUUGAUAACCAACUUGCAAAAUUAAAAACAAAAACUGUUUCAUCUAAACUGUGCUGUUUUUGUCUAAAUUGUCCAUUUAUUGUCCUGAUUCUUGUAAUGUAUUGUAUACUUUUCUGAUUGAUUUUGAUUACUAUUAUACACAUAUGCAUGCAAGUAAUGCUGUAUAACAAUGCAUUCGUCUCUGUCUUCCAGAGGAAAACCAAACCUGUUGGACAUGGGCUCACUGAUGAUUAAACCAAUUCAAAGGGUGAUGAAGUACCCUUUGUUGCUGUGUGAAUUGUUGAAUUCUACUCCUCCGUGUCACCCAGACUACAGGUCACUGCAAGAUUCAUAUGCAGCCAUAAAACAGCUUAAUGUGAACAUUAAUGAACUGAAACGACGGAAGGAUCUAGGUACUGAAACAGUAAAUAAUCAGAAUUUUGUGUUAACUGAAAUAUGAUAACUAAAUACUUAGCUUCUGUUUGAAGAGGAUCUGUCUCCUCUGUGUCGUCUGUCUGAUAUAACUGGUUUACUCACACGGAAGGCUGAAGGACCCUCCAAGGAUGAUCUUGUACAUGUGCUGAGUACAUAUAGAUCUUCCCAAUAGAGUUGGAAUUUUAAUGAAACUAUAAGUGGAAAUCUUAGGUCAUUGUUUAUAUUUCUAGAUGGUGGAGUGCUAGCUUUUUUAACAGCAGAAUUUACACUGGCCACUUAACCCUAUAAAAACCCUGCAUCCAAUGCCAUGUUCAACACCAAAAGCCUCUAAAUGCAUGGAUUUAGGAAACAGGAACCAUUCAAAAAGCUCUAUCUCCUCUGAUGCUGUUAACCAGUGACAGAAAACAGAACUAUAUGCAGAUCUAGGUUUAGGGAAUACAUAAUCUGACAACACAAUGCAAAUCAUGGGUGAUGUCAGAAAUCCUAUUAGAACAUAAUAAGCAUGUCUGAGUGAUCUACUAUGCCAUACAAUGGGGCAUUUCCCAAGAAUGCCCCAAAAUCUACAGCUUACACUGUAUAUAGUAAAAAAAUAAAUAAAUAAAAUAAAAAGUUACUAUAUAUCACAACAAAUAUAUCAUACAACGUUAAUAGUGGUAUAAACACUACAUUGAUCCACACUUACAACAAUCAGUUAGGCAAGUCGAAAUCAUGGUUGUGCUGGUGAGUUAUCUCCCAUAAAGGGGUUAACCACAAUCUAGUUUGUAUGGACAGUAAUAACUGCACUAUAAGUCACUGCAUCAAAGCAUAACCAAAAUACAGCAUCACAUUUCUGUAUCUUGUCCAUUCCAACGUCUGCAGCCAAUAGCUUCUAUUUCAGCUCUGCGCUUUGAUUACUAAUUGAUUAAUGAUUAUCUGUGAAACUCAGGCAGAACUUUGAGAGGGAUGUCAAUAUAACAUUACAGAUAGGUUUUGCCCUUUAACAUCAAUCUGGUGAUAUCUCAUGCCUUUUGAUAUCUUUCAGUAUUGAAGUACAGGAGGGCAGAUGAAGAGGAAUCUCUAAAAGAUAAGCUCUCCAAACUCAGUAUUCACUCCAUCAGCAAGAAAUCCAAGAGAGUGACCAGCCACUUGAAGAUACUGACUCGGGGUGGUGAACAGGUACAGUCACCUUAAGUAUACUAAUCCUGCCGUACCCUUAUCUUUCAAUGUAACAAACGCCCUCGGAAAGUUAUACAGACUUAUCUAAAGUAAAUUUACUUCAUUAUUUUUUUUCAUACCUUAAUAAGAAAAGUACAUUGCAAAUCAACUUUACAAUCGACCAUUGCUGUUAACAUGUUUUUUUUUUGUUUUUUUUGUUAUAUCUAAUUAAAUGUACAGGAAAAGUUAAGUGGAUAAAACGCAUGUUGUUGAUUUAAGAAGAGCAGUGCAAUAAUAAUUUAAUAGUGCAUUGCACUAUAUACUGCUAAUGUCUUGAAGCAUAUUAUAGGUGAAAGACCAAAUAUUUAACAAGGAGGAAAAAAUAUUCCGAAGCCUUGAGAAGACUGUGAGACUUUGUGUUAAGAAUUUAUCUUACACCUUUCAAUACAUGCAGGUGAGUGUUUCAAGAAUAAAGCUGCUUCUUUGAGUUAAGCCCACGGCUGGUCCAACGACAACAAAGUUUUAUAUCUGCGAUUUGAAAUCUUGUUAAAAAUAUAGGCCUAUAUUGGCAUAAUAGACUGUAAGCUCGUUUUUUAGCAGGGUUCUCUUCAACCUAUUGUUCUUGUUAGUUUUCUUGUAAUUGUCCUAUUUAUAGUUAAAUACCCCUCUCAUAUUAUUGUAAAGCAAUAUGGAAUCUGUUGGCGCUAUAUAAAUGAAAAAUAAAAUAAAAAUAAUAAUAAUAAUGCCAAUCUUUAAUACAGGCUAGCUUAUGCAUGAAAAUGUGUUGUAACUUCUAAAUCAGUAAAGCCUACCAUUCAUUUUUGAAUUCGAAAUCUGUUUAUUUUUUAAUUUCUCUGUUUUUAUAAACCUUAUGUAAAGACCAAUAAGAGGAUAAAUAUGUUAAUUGUUUCCUAGAAGUAAACAUUUAUUGAACAUAUACACAGGUAUAUAUGUUUUUUUUCAUCAUGCUCUGUACAAGUGGUCAACACUUUUUCCUUUCUUCUCUUAGGAUGCGAUACCCUUGACUGCACUUGGUGUUACAGAAUUACAGGAUAUUUUGCAAGAUGACCCAGAGGAAAGCAAUGGAGGUCUGCCCAUGCAAGAGCGAGAGGGAGCACAGUGUGAACAUUAUGUAAGUCUUUAUGCAGUCUAUGAAAUGUUGUACAAGCUGGUCAGUGGUGGCUGGUGACAUUUUAAGAUGGUGAAGUGCCAGGUUCCUCCUCCAGACUUUUACUCCUCCCUAUACAGUACAGAGAUACUCCUACGAUACGGAGAGCAGAGCAUAAUACAGAGAUGACUAUUCAAUAAAACAAGCUGGGUACAACAUAAGAUAUCUAUAUUAUAAAUAAAACUGAGUACAAUACGAAGAUACCCAUGCAACAGGUAGAGCUGAGUAAAAUACAGAGAAAUUACACACAGAAUUGGGCACAAUAAAGAGAUAACAUAAAUAUCCCAUUCAGUUGGGAUCACUGUGAUGGAUUAUACAGAGAUCCCCACACAGCACAUGUUUCUGUAUAAUGCUCCAACUCUCUCUAUUUUCCUACCUCUCCCAGCUCUCCCUUGCAUGGUCUCAUCUUCACUAGUGCUCCUGCUAUGAUAACUAAGCUUUCUAUUAACUAUUGUUGUUAUUAUAAAAACAUGUAAGCUACUCCGCUAGCACUCAGCUCACAGUGUGGACAUGGUUAAAGUAUCAAGAUACUAAUAGAGUCCAACUAUGUCAGCUACUGCUGACUCACUAUUAGCUUUCAGCACACAGUGUACACAGGGUGAAAGCGUCAGGAUACUAAUAGACCUCUAUUACAUUUACAGCUGGCAAUAUAAUUAAUCUGUAGUGGUAAUAUGGAGCCAAGAAGUAGCUUAAAGAAUAAAUAAUUAUUACAGAUUAAAAAAACUGAAAUCAGAAUUAGAACAGUUCUCAGAGUCACAGCCCCAUUCCUGCAGUUUGAAGCUUCACAACUUUUCAACUAGCCACAGCAUGAGUGCUUAGGUCUCAGCUGUAGAGUGACUGAAUACUUUAAAGAAGAAGGGAAAAAACAUAGUGCUUCCAAAUCACUACAAAUAUUUUCCCCACUUAAAAAAACUGCUGGGGCGCUGCCACAGUUGCUAUGGAUGAGCCUCAACUGAAGCUGGUAUUAUUGUGACAUACAGGGUUAUUUACAAAAGUGAAAAUUUAAAGUGACCUGAACGUAUAGCUGACUUAGAGAAUGUUUCCAGUCUGGCUAUUUGAAUACUUUGAAUUCUCACCUUAGUGAAUAACCCUGAUGGAAUCAGUCUGACAGGUCCAGGUUUCUAAUUUAGGCCUCAAUUUAAUAAGUUUUCCAAAUGAUUCAAAACUGUGAUAAAAAUUUCCAAAUUAUUUAUCUACAGAAGUCAAUAUGGAAAUGUAGAUAAACCAUUUGAAAAGUGUUUAUGAUAGCAUUGAAUCAUUUGAAAAGCUUGUAGUAUUGAAGUCCUAAUCCUUUAUUCUGUGUUGUAGGAAGAGUUUAUUUAUUGGGACCCAUUUGGUGUUGAUUUGACCUGUUGAUAUAGUCACAUAAGUAAUGACUUCUAUUCCUAUUAACUGGUACCUUUAUCAAAAAUAAAAAUAGCCAAUGUAGAAAACAAACCUGUUUAGAAACAAACCUCUCACCUCAAGUUUGUUUAAGUGAAAAGCAUACAAAAUGGAAUAUUGAAAUGCUGUCAUAUAAACAUUGGUAAAAUGAAUCCUUAAUGAGACCACUGUUGCCCAGAAUAAAGGCAAAAUAAUAAAUAGCAGUGGAUAAAACCGCAAAUACGUUAUGUGCAAAAUUCCAUUAAUAAGGCUUUUUUUUAUGAAAACCUUUAUAUGAAUAGAAUAAAAAACAUCUUAAGCCACAUACCUUUUAAACAUAAUAAGGAAAGAUUAAUUAAAAGGUAGACUGGAUUUCCAAUAGGUGUCCUUUCGAAUUAAUGAGAGCAAUUAAAAGAGAAAUGCAGAAAGAACACUGACUGCAAUUCCAGAUGUGUGUGUGUGAUUAAAACUGACCUAUGCAUAUUAUAAUUUAAUGAACAUGGAGCUAAGAUUAGAGAGCUUGAAAAAAAAUAAUUCCAAUGGCUAAGGAAUCAGAGACUUUCUAAGAUUAGAAAUAUUGUGUGUAUUUUAUGACUUGGGAGUGGAAUGGUGAGAUGCAUACCUUAGUCCAGAGUUCUAAAUGUUAAAGGGACACCAUAGUCACCAAGACCACAUUCGUUUAGUGAAGCAGUUUUGAUGUAUAGAUCAUGCUCCUGCAGUCUCACGGCACAGUUCUCUGCUAUGUAGGAGUUAAAUGACUCUGUUUAUACAGCCCUAAUCACACCUCCAUGCAUGUGACUUGUAAAGCCUUCCUAAACACAUACUGUAAAGAGACACCUAAUGUUUAACUUCCUUUAUUGCAAAUUCUGUUUAAUUUAGAAUUUCUUGUCUUCUGCUCUGUUACUAGCAAUGAAACAGUCAAUUGAAGUGCUCCAGUGCACAGUUGUGAUGUCUAAAUAACAUAUACAAUGAGAGAAAAUGUUGUUUAUUAUUACUAUGUUAUUUCAAUAUGGGAUUUUGCUCUAGGAUGUGCAUGGGGGAAAAAAAUUCGGUUUGGUUCGGGACUUCGGCACUUCCGAAAUUCGGGACUUCGGCACUUUGGUUCGGCACUUCCGAAAUUCAGGACUUCGGCAAUUCCCUAACCCUACCCCUACCCCUAAAACCUUAAUGAUACCCCUAACCCUCCUAGGAGUAGGGUUAGAGUUAGGGGUAGGGUUAAGUUAGGGGUUGGGGUUAGGUUAGGGGUUAGGGUAGGGCUAGGGUUAGGUUCCUGUCAACAUUCCCUUAAUUUUGCCUCCCUCGCCUGUUUUGCCACUUUUUACAGAAAUCCGAAGCACUUCGGCACGUCUGAAAUCUGGCACUUUGGCAAUUCGGUUCGGCACUUCCGAAAUUCGGCACUUCGGGAAUUCAGUUUGGGUCGGCACUUUGGAAAUUCGGCAAUUCGGAUAUUUUGAAAUAUCUGAAUUGCUGAAAUUAGUCCGAAUUUAAAUUCGGAACGAAACGAAUUGCACACGUCUAUUUUGCUCCUAGUUGCUCUGUCAAGAAUGUCAAGGAUCCUCCUGGUGUUCAAGAUCUGCUUCAUUCUAUUUGCUAAGAUUGCAGAGAACAGCUUUACAUCAACAUUUAUUAAAAAAAUUGGCAUAUAAUUUUCUACUUUUGUAGAAAUCUUACCUUGUUUAAGAAUAGGUAAGAUAUUUGCAGUUAUUUUGGGGGGGAAAUACCCCUCGUCUGCUAUGUUGCUAAAAGCUUUUUUUAUGUGAGUGCAUAGCUGAGGUCUGAAUGUUUUUUAAAAAAAACAUAUUGCCAAAUCCAACAGGACCAGACGUCUUUUUUUCUAAUCUACGAAUUUCGACCUUGACUUCUAAAACCGAUCUAUUUAGAUUAUUUCUUUGCUCCUCUGAAAUUUUUGGUAAAGGAGUUUUCAACAAAUGAAGAAACAAUAACAUCAAUAGAAGUAUCAGGCUUUAAGUUGUAGAGCCCAGCAUAAUAAGUAUUAAAACACACUGACCUAUUUUCUCUGGAGUUAGGCGAGUUCCAAACCUGUCUUCUAUUUUAGUUAUUCUGUUAGAGACUUUCGAUUUUCUCAGUUUGUAUGAUAAUAACUUAUCCGCUUUAUUACCUUUACUAUAUGUUCUUCAUUUUUGUUUUUCUAAGGAUUUUAUGUUAUUUUCUAUUAAUUUUUGGUUUAUCUGUUUUUGAAUUUCCACGAUGGCUUCAAGGUUGAGAGCGUAUGGUUCUUGCUUAUUCACUCUUGAAGCUCUCGUUAAUUGUGCGUAAAGGAAUGCUCGGCUCCCUAUGGGUCUCGGCACCGGAAGUGAUGAUAUCCCUUCUGGUUUCGUCAGGACCUGAUGCUGAUGGCCAUCAGCUUUGUGUGGGAUCUUUAAAGCGGCACUGUCACGCCGAACUUACCUUUCUUUAAUCGAUUCCUCUUCUCUCCCUCUGUCAGGAUCUGUUCUUCAUUUCUUGUCAGCUCUAGUUUUCCUUAAACAUAAGACAAAGUAGAAACUACGUUGUGUAAUGGAGGUUUCCUAUGCCUGACCAGCUUUGACCAGCAGAGGAGCAAAGUCUGCUUCAUUUCCGAUGGUCAGAGCAAUUUUCCCACAAUUCUCACCUUUGAUCCGUGAUCUUGCGAUGCUUCCUGUCAGUAUUGCUGAACGUCACAUAGACAGAACGCUGGGGAAACUACCGAAUUUUGUCCUAAUAGAAUGAGAACAGUUUCUGCAUUCAUGGAAAUGCCCCCUGCCCCCACCCAAGCAGCAGGUGGGGGCAACAGGUCCCCCGUUCAGUUUAAUAGCCUCGACUCGCGCUAUUACGGAUCGCGAGGUUACGGAUCAAAGGUGAGAAUUGUGGGAAAAUUGUUCUGACCACAGGAAAUGAAGCACACUUUGCUCCUCCGAUGGUCAAAGCUGGUCAGGCGUAGGAAACCUCCAUUAGACAAAGUAGUCCUUACUUUGUCUUAUGUUUUAAAGAAAACUAGAGCAGACAGGAAGAAAUGAAGAACAGAUCCUGAAAGAGGGACAGAAGAGGAAUCGAUUUAAAAAAAAAAAGGUAAGUUUGCUUUAUUCAUUGCUUGUUCGUUUAUGUUUAUGUAUCUUUUGUGGUAUAACAAAUAAAGGAUUUCGAAGUAAUUUAUACUUGUUAGUAUAUUUAAUGUGCACCUUUAUCUUGUAUAUAUUCAGUUGUUUGAUAUCCAUGAGUGCAGAAUAUUUUUGUGUCAUUUUUUAAACCAAAAGAUCAAAAAGUUAAACAAGAGACAAUUUUUUACAGCCUACUUUGCUCAGAUUUACCAUGGGUGCUAAUAUUAGUGGAGUGUACUGUCUGUAAUAGUUAUAUAUGUAAUUAUACUACUAUAAAUAUACCUUGACUUAAGUCUAGGGUCUGGCAUUACAAUCUGCUUUUUAAUUGAAUGCCUCUGGUGUUUAUUAUUUUUCUUUUUCCCUGUACUGCAGAUAAAUGAACUGGAACGACUUGUUUACACACCACUGAGCGCCUUGCAUGCCAUGUUCCCCGUGCCCCAGAAGCUGAUUCAGAAACGUUACGAUAAACUUUUGGAUUAUCACAGUUGCCUUCAGAAAGCAGGAGAAACUCAACUUGAUCAGACACGCAGGGACUACGAGGCCCUUAAUGCUCAGCUAGUGGAAGAACUGCAGGUCUUUAAUAAGGCGGCGAGGAAUAUCCUGUCCAAUUGCUUGUACUUUUUCUUCACAGUCUUGAAGAAUCUUGUGUUAGCAGCCAAGGAGGCAUCCUCAAACUGUGCCAACUUAUUUCAUGUAAGAAAAAAAAUUACCAUACUCCUACAUUUACAUGCUUUAUAUAUUUAUUUAUGCACAUAUAAAAUAUUUUACCAGGAAGUAUACAUUGAAAUUUAUCUUGUUUUCAAGUAUGUCAAUUGGAGUAACAUUGAUUGUCCAUUGAUAAUGAUACAAAAAAAUAGAGCAUUGAAGGAUAUUGUAAAAAUGUAUCGCAUGCAAUUUUUUUUUGUUUUGAAAUCCAUGGAAGUACUAAUAAAAAGUGCUACUCUAUUGCCAACAAGAACGUUUCACAUACUGGAAAAAAAUGAAUUUAAUACAAAAUAACCCAAUUAGUAACCCAUUGUAAAAUGUUAGACUGCUGCAUAAUAAUAGCAGUAAUGUCACAAGGGGUGGAUAUCCACUGGCAUUUUGGGAGAUGACUUGCAAGGACAGGCAUAACAUGGGCACCCUUUUUGGUUUUAUAUUUUUUACAAUGCCUUCAUCUUGUCUGGGCAAAAUGUGUGCAUUUAUGGCAAUUGCUGCAAAUGCUCCAGUCAAAUGCAGCGAUCGCAGUGAUUUCAUAAAGAUUGUUGUAGUGCAAUAAAAUGCAUUCUAAAGGGCUUGUCAUAGUUGAGCCUGAAAAUGACUCUGAGUUCAUUUAUUAAACCAUGCAGCAAUAUUGUCAAUAUUGGAGAGAUACAAAUGAUCCCUGACCGAAAAAAAAAGGCAUUAACAGUCCUCAGGCAAUAUAGGAAAAUAGAAGUGUGUAUGUAUAUUACGUAGUCUUUAAGUCAGAGGUGGCAAAUUAACAAGUUAUGCAUGCAUGUCUUAAUUAAGCAUUUUGAAACUGGGAAUUUCCAACUCUAACAGGUAAAGUCAUGUAACAGGACAGGUGGCCAUUGUUUUGGACAUAAGAUAAGAACAACAUUCUCUUUGGCAAAAUACACAACAAACAGGUUAAUUAGAAACAAAGAUAAUCUGCACGUAUUCCAUACUUCUACCAUACCCUAAGGCCCUCUCCUCAUUCAUAGCCCACCCAAAAGAACAUCUCUCUGGAAUGCAGAACACUUGGUUUUCUUUUGGAACAGUUAAAAGUUCAUGCAGGCAUAAGAUGGUAAAGUCCAAAACAAGAUGGAGUCACGUAAGGAGCAAUAUUGCACUCACAAGAUGCAUUAGACAAAUGUUUCCCAUGGAAACUCUCACGUCUGCUUAAAUGAUCUGCUUUUUUAUAGCCACUUCCCAUUUGUGUGACGUACAUCACAGCUAUAUUCCUUGGUUUUACUCUUUGUGAUGAAUGACUAAGGGAAUUAGAUCUAUGUGUUACCUCAAAUAUAUACUCCUGUGAAACAGGAAGUCACGGUUGAACAAUUUCCUGUUCUUAGUCACCCAGGUGUACUAAAAAAUGUAAAAUAUCAAUGGGAAUGUAGUUUGAGUAAAUUGUUCUCAUAUGAAUUCAUAGUGGCACUCGUAUUUAAGAAAAUUGUAUUUUUAAUACAUUUGUGUUGUGUUUGCAAUUGUUUGAUAUCCAUGAGUGAAGAAUAUUUUUGUGUAAUUUGACUGUCCACGCAUAUUCCUAAAUUAAUGCUUAAAAGUGCCAAAUUCUCUUGAAAUCGUCACUUUUAUGAAUCUGGACAAGUAUGGCAUGCAGUUAAGUCCUAAAACACUUCAGCAAGUUGAAAUGCUUUAAGGGUCUGCUGUUUCCCUUUAAGAAUAAUAUCUAGCAUAAAAGAAAGACCGACUGUUCUAGAGAAAUACUUUUAAAAAAAAAAGUACACCCUAAAUAUACAAUAUUUUGCAUUCUACAUUAAAACACCCAAACAAAAGCAAAUAAACAAGCAACAAACUUUAAAUAUAAUGAAAACAAUAGUGCAGAUAGUGCAAAAAUAUUCCCUAUUUUGAGCCCCCUAUUUAUAUGUUUAUUUACUUAUUUAUUUUUUAUGUCUUUUUUAUGUGUUUUAUUGUGAACGACACAGUUAUCUGAAUACAAAGGGGAAAUGUCACCUCUCUCGUAGUGGUACAACUGAAUAAAACAUUAGAAAUCACCUCAACAUUUAAUUAACCUUUUUGGUAUGUGAUGUGCUGUUUUGUUUUAAAUGCAUACUAAAGGAAAAUUCUAACCUUAAAAAGAAGGCUCUGGGGACAGGCCCUGUCUCCCGAGCUGAGCGGUCGUAUACAGUUGGAGCCUGUAGCAUCGUGUUUUAAGCCUGGCUUGUAGACUCUUUAUCCACACUUUCUAAGCCUGUAAUACCCACAGGUUCCCUACUACUCGUGGGAACAGAAUUGCCUUCUUGCAUAUCGGACUAUCUGCAGGGGAAACUCCAGCGGCGUGUGCAUCCUUCCUGCCGGUCGAGAUCUUGAGAAGAGGCCGAUCUCGCGGUCACUGACCUAACUGGAGCAAGGCCCAGGGUGGUUGGACAUACCGUUACCUUCCUUGCUGGAGAGGGUUAUCCCGGCUCCCACAACAUCGGACACCCCUGAAUUACUAUGCUGAUUCCCACUCACUGCAGCAGUAAGAGAACUUCCAAGAUGGCGGAUGCGCCAGCCACGAAAGUGGGCACUACUAAGCAGCUCCAGGGGGCUCUCCUUAACCCAGUGGACCGAUUCUUGCUGCGGCUUGAUGAAGUUUUCUCAUGGUUCUGGACAGAACUAGAGACCACACAUGGCAACUACCUUGCGACAAACACAAGAAGGAGAUGGGAUGUGUGAGCACCUGGUAGUGAGUGAGCCUCUCUUGGGUACAGCUUUUCAAGCUACUCCCGCCAUCAUUGAUGUAAACCCACCUGAGCUGAGAGCCAAAGUGACUUGGUCCCCGUGCAUCGUUCGCACAGACAGAGGGCAACCUGCCGCUGACGGCACAGGACCAAAAAGGCCUCCUGUUUCCCUCUGUGGGGAAAGGUGUGGUACUUUCAGGACCUCCGAGACCGCUGCUUGAAGAUGCAGGCUUCAUUAAGGGCCUGGGGCUUAAGGGAUCCUUCAGUCGCUCCCACAGUUCUGAUACGCCCAUCAACCACCUACUGUGUGAACUGUGCACAUCUUAUGUGAAAAAAAAGUAAUCUCUCUAUAUUUUGGGGGGACUUUUAAAUCAAGGGACCGCUCACAUUAAAAAUAAAAAGCAUUUUUACUCACCUUUUAGCAAGCCCCAAGUAGUCUGUGGACAAGUAGUGGCUCCUCCUCUUCUGAGAUCAUCCAUUGAUAGAGAAGCAUUGAUGCCAGUGCUUUUUUAUUAAAAGAAUUUAAAGCAUUUUAUGGUAUCAUGUUGUGCUUUAUGUCAUCAAUAAUUGAAAGCCUGCACUGAGGUGCCUUUUAGUUGGUUUGAGCCAGGCUGCCACUAGGAGUUUGUGUAUGACAAAACAUAAACCCUGCCGUUUCAUUUCCAGAGUGCAGGGACAAGGUCUAAUCAACAAAAUCACUGACUUUCAAAAAAUGGUUUUGGUGUUUAGAGUGUCACGUUAAAGAUUUAGCAGUUGACCUCAAAAUUCAGUAACUGAGACACCAUAUGUAACCACUUCAAUUGAUUGAAGAGCAUGUGGUGCUUGAAAUCCACAACGCCAUGUCCCAAAUUAUAAUCAUUAUAUUUAUAUAGCACCAACAAAUUCCGCAGCGCUUUACAGUGGGUGGACUAACAAACAUGUAGUUGUAACCGGACAAGUUGGACACACAGAAACAGAGGGGUUGAGGGUCCUGCUCAAUGAGCUUACAUACUAGAGGGAGUGGGGUAAAGUGACACAAAAUGUAAGGGAAGGAUUAGGGAAGUAGAUUGGUAGAAUAGUAUUCACUGAAGACUUAGUGCGUGUUUUUUUUUUUUAAAUCAUUACUAAAAGGCUUACUCACCUUUUAGUAGAGAAUCUCGGUCCCCAGCAGUGUGAUGCCUGACCUCCAAUGACAAUAUAGCGGUCUGCCUCUGUCACUUCAUCAGUGGAUGCUAGGCUUUAGGGGCUGCUGGGGGCAGAGAAUCUCUAUUAAGUGUAUAGUGUGUAUAAACCAUUUACUAGUGAUGCCAGGACACCAGGUACCAUAACCAUUCCAAUCUAUUGAAGUAGUUAUGGUGCAUACAGUUGUCUUAUGUUGCUUACCCAGGGCACACAUUUUCUUGUAGGAGAAAAAAAACUGAAAUAUUGCUUCUGUUUCUCCUCUUCUCUGUAUGCAUCCUCUAUGCUGUACGACAGAUACAAACAGCAGAACUUUCAACUAGACCAAUGAUUGCAAGAGAGCCAAGAUGGUUUCAGAAUAUACCCAAAUACAGUGGUGUGGAUUUAUGCAUUUAGCCCUCUUCCUCAGACCUCCCAAACCCAUUUUUGGUAAAUAGAGGGGAUAAAUAACCUUCAAAUAAAAAACAUAUUGCGAAGUUACAGUUCCAUUUUAAGUUCUAUUGUUUUCUUUUGAAGUGUUUCUCUAGCACAGUUUCCUAUAAUUUUUGCUGGUAAAGAAAAAAUAUGUGUGGCUGAUUCAAAAAAGAAAAGAAUUGAAUGUGCCGUAGAUGGCCUGCAUUGAAAACCAGCUAGCAAUUUUUGCAUGUUGAACAUCUCUAGUAUGUUUCAAUAUGCCCACAUAAGUUGGUUUCCAGCCUUAGAUUAACUCUUGGUUUCCUAGAGAGAGGUGAAAGGCAGAUGAUAAUUAGCACAACAAUGUCUUCUGCGGCUUUGUGUUAGCAAGGGAGAUAAACAAUAGGAUGCAAGGGCUAUCAGCAGUCACAUGGGUCUUAGUGUAACGAUAAACCACAAAAAAGAAGAGGCUUAUCUGUGUUGUGCCUCAAGCUUAUCAGCUUCCAUUUUAUAUCCUGCUCAAUCCUCACAGAGCUGUGCUGAAUUCCAAACACCUCUGUAUCCACCCAACAACAGCCAAUCAUUUCGCUAGUAUAUCUUCCAUCCGCAGAUCAGGAUUCCUUUCAUUUUUCUUGACAUUUAUUCACAACACAUCAUUCCAGAAAAUUAAAUUCAGGCAUUAUAUCUCUCCAUAUUUUGUCAACUGAAAAAAAUGGCAAAUCCUGCAUAAGUUAUGAGAACUCGGACGGCAGAUUGUUAAUUAAAAAUAAUCUACAUUUUAAAUUAAUGUCUGUCUACAGGCUCAUGUCUUACAGUGCAUCCUAACAGGACAAUGUGGAUUGAAUUACUCAACAUAAAUAUAUCUUUGGUAGCUGAAGGCCAAUUAUAGAACUUUGAGAUACAGUUUUCUUAGAUAUAAAAAAAUAAAUAAAGUCAUGAAUUUUGUUUCAGAUUACGGAUCCAGCUAUCAGUAGCAAACAAAGUAUGAUGGUAGUUUAAUACACAAAUGUGCAACAAAAAUCAGUAAUACAUAACUUAUCUUCCAUAAUCCCUGGUCACUGUCUCUUAUUAAAACAAAAUCCAAUAUGUUACAAAAAAUGCACAUUGAAAGAGGAAAAACAAACAAAAGCUGUUAGCUGUCCUGAGCUAAGCCAGCUCAUUGGCUGAGAACAUCACUCUCAGCCAAUGAAUGAACAGGGAGUGGCACCCAUUCCUGGAUCUAUAGCCACCACAGUGCACUUUAGUGGCUAUUAUGAUCUAAAUUUAGCAAAUUAAUUAGCAAUUCAGCAUAGAUCAUUGUUUCAUGAAUAUAUCUCUAUUACUGCCAUUGCUUUUUAAUACAUUUUCAAUCACUGCCUUUUCACUAUUUAAGGCACAUCUCUUGACUUUGGUGGUAUGAAAUUUGGACUGGUGGGCAGUCCUGUGAAGGAUUAUCACCAGUGACAUACAUUGCGUCACUGGUGAGACACAUAAUAAGCGGGCUUGUUUGUAAAACGGGCGGCCCUGUCUGGAAAGCAGGAUUAUUCAUUAAUGAAAUGUAGUGAAUAUAGAUCUGAAUUACAACAUCAAGGCCUAAAUAGACAAGUUGUGAGAAUAUCUAAAUUGGCUAAUUUUUCACUGAAUAAUCCUGAGUAUUUUAUGUUAAAUUGAUGCAUUAGUAACACACAGAGCCCUGAUUAUAUGUUAUCAAUAAGCAUCUAUCAAUACUGUAUGUUUUGCCAUAUAUACCAUAUACUACAUACUCUAUAUAUACUCUCAGUGUAACAAUAUUAUUACCACUUUUGUCCACAGCAACACACCGAAAAUAUGAACGAACUUCAGAAUCGUAUCAUUGAGGAACUGCAGGACUUGAACUUUGUUAAAGACAGCAACAGCAGUACAUUUAUAGAAAGAAAACUGAGUUUUGAGAGGAAAAAAACCCUGUCACCACUGGUAAGCAGCAUUGUCAUAUAACAAAUAGUUUGUUUUGGGUUUCACAGAUUCUUAUAAAAACCUUAUGUGUGCAAGCUUUAUUCAAACGGGGUAACAAAGACCAUGACGAUCUGCUCAAGAACAAUAAGUAAAGUUAAAAAAAAAAAGUAACUGGUAUUAGAAAGGUGGAGUUCCAAUUUUAUAUUAUCUUUUUUUUUUUUUUGUAUGACACUUUCUGUACUAUACACGUUGUGGAGAACUUGGGAAACUGAAAACAUGAAUUUAUUGGUUGCUAUAUCAUAAAUUCAUCUUAAUGAGUUGUUGUGCCUUGAUUCAAUCCAGUGAUUUAAAACAACGUACAAAGAGUUACUACCAUGCAUUGCUGUAGAACUAUUCCUAAUAUGCAGUUGUAUGAACUCAAUUAAUUAUAGACAUGAUCCCGUAGGAUCCACCUUAAAGGAACACUCUGGGAACCAUAACAACUUCAUUAAAAUAAGAUUGAAAUGGUGCCAGGAAGUCGCCGCGUACUUCUUCCCUUCUUUGUAUGAAUGGGGAGAUACUGAUUGGUUAAGAGCAUCAGCUAACCGCUCUAGCCAAUCGGUGGCACCCCUGCCCGAUGACACUUUAUGCUUCCUGCUAGUCAAUUUCAGAAGCCGGAUACUGCUGGUGGAACUGGAGAUCCAGCACUGGAGGCAAACUUUGGGGUCAACCAUUCAAGAACUCCCUUCAGGUAAGAAAUGACCCGGCCAUCUCCUGGAACCAUAACAAGCUAAUGUUAAUCACGUUGUUAAGGUGUCCGGUGUUCUUAAACUAACAAAUUGCAAUCCUCUGGUAUGUGAGUGCUACAUACUGUUAAAGGACCACUAUAGUGCCAGGUCCCCCUCCCGCCCGGCUCUGGAAAGGCUAAAAGGGGUUAAACUUACCUUUUUCCAGCGCUGGGCGGGGAGCUCUCCUCCUCCGAUCCUCCUCCGUUCCUCCUCCUGGGCUGAAUGCGCACGCGCGGCAAGAGCUGAGCGCGCAUUCAGCCGGUCACAUAGGAAAGCAUUCAUAAUGCUUUCCUAUGGACGCUUGCGUGCUCUCACUGUGAAAAAUCCCUAAGAGGAUUAGGGGGAAGGCUUAACCCAUUCAUAAACAUAGCAGUUUCUCUGAAACUGCUAUGUUUAUGAAAAAAUGGGUUAACCCUAGCUGGACCAGGCACCCAGACCACUUCAUCAAGCUGAAGUGGUCUGGGUGCCUAGAGUGGUCCUUUAAGUAAUACUAUUCAUUUACCUCCUGAAAAUGUGUGAAAAUAGUAGGUGACUGGGAAACUGAGGUUGCAGAGCUACAGAAUGAGGGAAACAAAACAUAUUUCAAGAUAGUUUCUUGUCAACUGGCCAGCAGUUCUACAAUAAUGUUGUAGAUUAUGGGUUCUCAACCCAGUCCUCAAGGACCCCCUACCAGUCCAGGAUUUAGGGAUUACCUGGGUGUGUCUAAGGUGUUUAGAAAAAGGAAAAAAAACACCUUAGAGUUUGUGUGCUGAUCUGGGCUACCUAGAGUCUAAGGUGUUUUUCUUUUUCUAAACACCUUAGACACACCCAGGUAAUCCCUAAAUCCUGGGCUGGUAGGGGGUCCUUGAGGACUGGGUUGAGAACCCCUGCUCUAGACAUACUGAUUCAGAACUUCAAGGGCCACCAAUGUUACCAAAGAGUGUAAAACACAUAAAAUAUAUGGAAUAUGACCACACCAGUUCUUCUUAAAUGAAUACUUAACGCACCAUAACCACUGCAGCAAUCAUUUGACACUCUCAGUCAAUGAGCUGGCAUUGCACAGCAGGGUUUAGCUCAGGAGAGCUUAUGGAAACUCCAUGCUCAAGCUUCUGACUCCCCAUGGUGGGAGUGACCAGAAUAUAGUGGGUUCCAGGUAAGUUGUCAAACCGAAAGCAAACAGUUUGAUUAAUUACAUUGGUGGUUCCAUAACCAACACAGCACGCUGUAGUGGCUAUGGUGCUUGGAGUGUUCCAUUAAGUCUGGUUUGAGGUUCACUGCUUUGAUCUUUAUAAGCCUGGUAAAUGGGUAGUUUGCCACAAGGCUAUAUUCAGACCAAGAAAGGGAUUUAUUGCUUUUUUCCCUGAUAUCUCUUUUUUGUUUUAAAUGUAUUUAAUGGUUUUUUUGUGGAUCAAUCAUAAAGUUGAUAAUGAAAUGAGAUUCAGGUUUGCCAAUGCAGAGGCUGUGUAACUCAAUAAUAGGCUGUGUUAAAUAUCAUGGAACUUGCGCAGAGGUCCAAAGCAUGAGUAAUCAGAUAUACAUGAGCGUACUACAGAGUACCCGCACACACUAAUACCACAUGUCUAAUGCUGACGUGUGGUAUUACAGUGUGCUGGCACUCUGUUGUCUAACGCUGACGUGUGGUAUUACAGUGUGCGGGCACUCUGAUGUUUAACACUGACGUGUGGUAUUACAGUGUGCUGGCACUCUGUUGUUGAACGCUGACGUGUGGUAUUUUAGUGUGCUGGCACUCUGAUGUCUAACGCUGACGUGUGGUAUUACAGUGUGCUGGCACUCUGAUGUCUAACGCUGACGUGUGGUAUUACAGUGUGCUGGCACUCUGUUGUCUAACGCUGACGUGUGGUAUUAAAAUGUGCGGGCACUCUGUUGUCUAACGCUGACGUGUGGUAUUUCAGUGUGCGGGCACUCUGUUGUCUAACACUGACAUGUGGUAUUACAGUGUGCGGGCACUCUGUUGUCUAACACUGACGUGUGGUAUUACAGUGUGCUGGCACUCUGUUGUCUAACGCUGACGUGUGGAAUUACAGUGUGCCGGCACUCUGUUGUCUAACACUGACGUGUGGUGUUACAGUGUGCGGGCACUCUGUUGUCUAACGCUGACGUGUGGUGUUACAGUGACGGCACUCUGUUGUCUAACGCUGACGUGUGGUGUUACAGUAUGCGGGCACUCUGUUGUCUUACGCUGACGUGUGGUAUUACAGUGUGCUGGCACUCUGUUAUCUAACACUGACGUGUGGUAUUACAGUGUGCGGGCACUCUGUUGUCUAACGCUGACGUGUGGUGUUACAGUAUGCGGGCACUCUGUUGUCUUACGCUGACGUGUGGUAUUACAGUGUGCUGGCACUCUGUUGUCUAACGCUGACGUGUGGUAUUACAGUGUGCGGGCACUCUGAUGUUUAACACUGACGUGUGGUAUUACAGUGUGCUGGCACUCUGUUGUUGAACGCUGACGUGUGGUAUUUUAGUGUGCUGGCACUCUGAUGUCUAACGCUGACGUGUGGUAUUACAGUGUGCUGGCACUCUGAUGUCUAACGCUGACGUGUGGUAUUACAGUGUGCUGGCACUCUGUUGUCUAACGCUGACGUGUGGUAUUACAAUGUGCGGGCACUCUGUUGUCUAACGCUGACGUGUGGUAUUUCAGUGUGCGGGCACUCUGUUGUCUAACACUGACAUGUGGUAUUACAGUGUGCGGGCACUCUGUUGUCUAACACUGACGUGUGGUAUUACAGUGUGCUGGCACUCUGUUGUCUAACGCUGACGUGUGGUAUUACAGUGUGCUGGCACUCUGUUAUCUAACACUGACGUGUGGUAUUACAGUGUGCGGGCACUCUGUUGUCUAACGCUGACGUGUGGUAUUACAGUGUGCCGGCACUCUGUUGUCUAACACUGACGUGUGGUGUUACAGUGUGCGGGCACUCUGUUGUCUAAUGCUGACGUGUGAUAGUACAGUGUGCGGGCACUUUGAUAUCUAACGCUGACUGAGAGAAAGUGUAAUAAUAAUUGUGCUUAUUUUAUCGUGGAUGUAUCCAAUAUUAUAACUCACUAAAGUCAUUGAUAGCAUGCAACUAAACAGGCAUGUCAUGUAUUAGGAUUACGUAUAGAAAAGGGUAGAUGUUGAAGCAAAUAUUGGUAAUCUCUGGGUAUCUAUACAGCAGCAUAAUGUUGGCUGGGUUUAUUGGGUAGACUUGAUGCAAUAACUCAGCAAUUCUGGGUGAUUCCAUAUAGUGGGGGCAGUUAUCACCCUUGGGUUGGAUAUUCCUUUUUUUCCCCAAUUAUAAUCUUUGUUCUGAUAUCCCUUUUUAUUUUGUUGUUUAAUAUUAUGCUUACCAAACAGGUCAUUUUCAGUUUUAUUUGUCAUAGUGUCAUCUUCACAACAGUCUUACUGAUGUGAUAACUCCCAGCACAUAAACAGUUAACCAUCAUACAAGCUAUAUUUAUAGCUAUUCCACUGUGCUACCAUGAAAUGCUCUUUAAGCUCCCUAGUUAGAUAUUAUUACCAUUUAUUUUUUUAAACACUGCAAUCAAUAAUUUUGCUCUUUGUUUUCCAUUAAGCCUGAACGUCCUCGUCAGACUGAAAGCCACAGAUGUAAGCUAUUGUCUACCUAUGGUGCAGAUAAACUUUACCAAGCAAAACGCAAGUGCAAUGCUUCCCAGGAACUUGAUAUAGAUCUGUAUGAAGGAGAUAUGGUAGCUAUUGUGGAAUACAAGGACCCCUUGGGAAGCACCAGCAGGUGGCUUGUGGACACAGGACGUAAGUAAUAGAACACUCUGUCAAAUAUUGACUUUCUUUUGUGUGAAAAUUUGCCCAGUCUACUGUGUGAACACAGCGGUUCACUUCUUCCUAAGCAACUAGAGAACUGGCUUCUAAUUGUAGACCAUUAGCCACCCCCGGAUCUCUUAAAGUAUAGUGAAGCUUGUAUCACGAGAGAAAGAGAGCGAGUAAGAGAGAGAAAGAGAGCGAGUAAGAGUGAAAAAGAUAGAGUGAGAGAAAAAGAGGGCGAGAGAGCCCAAGCAAAUCAUUUAUUGCCUUACCUUUUUGCUUAGGGUCUCUUUCCUGCCACCAGAAUAAGUUUUCCAUUCAUGACUUGCUUGUGCUCUGUAGUAUGUAAAUAGUAACUUUCAUUUAUACCAUAUGUAUUGUGGUACAAGGUGUUAAGUAUACAAACUACUAAUUAACACUAGUGUAAUAUACUGACAAUGAGCAUUAAGAGUUAACAUUUUCAGAUAUUCUCGUGUAGGGCUCUAUUUCUUAAACAGUUGAUUAUGGUGUGUUGACAAAAAGAAAAAAACUGUCAUGCACCCUUGUAGACUCACCAACCUGUCCCAAUUCCAUACCUCCAAUGUUGGCAGGUAUGUAAACAGUUAUUGUCUUCCCCUUCCCCAGUACAAUCUCCAUGCCAGCUGUCAUUUAUCUCCAGUUUUCCUCCACUACUGAAAGGGUUACUCUAACCACCAUGACCACUUCUGCUUUUUAAGUGGUCAUGGUCAGGGCCGGUCCACAGACUUUUGCUGUCCUAGACAAACUAAAAUUUGCUGCCCCUCCAUUUUCUCUGUCCACCAUGUGACAUCACCCCACCGGUAUGAUCUGCAAUAUGGGCCAAUGCCAGUUCUGCACACAGUGUCUUUUCUCUGAAAAUGCAGUGUUUUUACAUUAAAAAGCAUACAGGGACAGGAUAUAGACACCAGAACAGGCUAUAGACACCAUAACCACUACAUGAUAUGCUGUGCAAGAUAUUGCAAAAUUAAUAAAAGGAAUGAAACAUUGUAGUUCUGAAGAAAGGUUAACAAAUGUAAAUCUCUUUAGUUUAAAAAAAAUGGUGCCUCAGAGGGGAUAUUGUAGCAUUAUACAAAUAUAUCUGGGGCCAAUACAAACCAUUGUCUGGAAAUAUACUUAUUAACAGGGCUAUACAUAGACACUAGGUCAUGAAUUUAGACUGGAAGAAAGGUGAUUUAGUCAAAGGCCAUGGGAAGGAUUUUUACAGUAAAAACAAUAAGGAUGUAGAAUUCUCUGCCUGAAGAAGUAGUUUUAUCAGAGUCUAUAUGUUUAAACAGAAAUUGGAUAAAUAUUUGCAAAAACUAAAUAUUCUAUCAUUUUUAAUUAGUGGGGAAAUAGCUUCUUGAUCCAAGGAGAUAUCUGACUGACAUUCUGGGGUCAAGAAGCAUUUUGUUCCUACUGCAAAAUUGGAAGCGCUUUAUACUGGGUUGUUUGCCUCCUUUUGAAUCACCUGCAAAAACAAAUGUGAGAAAGGCUGAACUAGAUGGACGCAUGUCUCUUUUCAGCUAUGUUAUUAUUAUUAUUAUUUAUAAAGCACCAACAAAUUCCGCAGCACUGUACAAUGGAUGGACUAACAGACACGUAUUUGUAACCAGACAAGUUAGACACACAAGGACAGAGGGGGUUGAAGGCCCUGCUCAAUGAGCUUAAAUCUAGAGGGAUUGGGGUAUAGUGACAUGAAAGGUAAGGGUAGGGUUGAAAAGUAGGUUGUUAGGAUAGUGUUCACUGAGGGCUUAGUGUUUUAUUUUCAUGACAGUUGCAGAUGAGGAAUCAGGGUGUGGGGAGGGAAAGCUGUUCACAGUUUGAAUUGAUAUGCUUUCCCGAAGAUGUACGUUUUCAAAGAUUUUUAGAAGGAGUGGGAGACUGAGUGAAAGUCUAACAGAGAGGGGAAGGGCGUUCCAAAGGAAUGGUGCAGCCCUAGAGAAGUUUUUAAGGUUAGCAGCAGAGAUAGGAGUAUGAACAGAGGUUAGAUGUAGGUCUUUGGCAGAGUGUAGGGGCCUAGAUGGGACAUUUUUGUAUAUUAGUGAGGAUAAGUAGGUCGGAGCAGCAUUGGGUAGACAUUUGUAAGCAAGUACCAAGAUCUUAAAUUGAACCCAAUAUCUUACGGAUAGCCAAUGUAGGGACUGACAGAGGGGGAGGCAUGGAAGGUGCAGGCGGAGUGGAAGAUGAGUCAAGAGGGUUGGUGAGAUGUCAGGGGAGGACAGGUAAAUUUGCAUGUCAUCUGCAUGGAAAUGGUACUGGAAGCUGAAAGAGCUUAUGAGUUUACCAAGGAAGGCAGUAUAGAUUGAGAACAAUAGGGGACCACAGACAGACCCUUGGGGAACACCAAAAGAGAUGGGUUGUGGAGAAGAGGCAGGGCCAGAGAAAGAAACACUGAAAGAGCGCUGGGAGAGGUAGGAAGAGCACCAGGAGAGAGCAGUAUCCCGUAGACCAAGAUUACAGAGGAUGAGAAGAAACUGUUGAUGAUCAACAGUGUCAAAAGCAGCAGAAAGGUCAAGGAAAAUUAGGAUAGAGUAGUGGCCACGAGAUUUUGCAGUCAUAAGAUCAUUGGAUACUUUGGUCGAAGCUUUUUCAACACAGUGACAAGCACGUAGCUAUCAACUAUGUUUACUUAUCCUUUACUGUACCUCGAAUUGAACUGGAUUGCUUCGAAAAUCUUUGAUAUACAUUUACAAGAAAAAAGGUGCACUUAAAAAAGAUAAACCCAAAUUAUAGGUGAUGGUUAAUGAUUGAAGUGUAAAGUGUCAGUUUUCCUUUAACUCAUUUCUUUUUUUCCUGUCAACCAUAAAGUCUUCUUGUGUUUACAAUGUAAAUGUCACCAGUGCAUUUAAGUUCUGUGUGAUUUAGAAAUAAAGUUGGUAUUUUGAAGUUUUUUGAUAUGUAUAAUCCUACAAUUGUCAUCUUUUUCUUAUGCUAGUGAUACAAGGCUAUGUAUACUCUUCCUUCCUGAAACCAUACAACCCUGGGAAAAGCCAGAAGGAUUCAGCAGACUGCACUUUCUGUGAUGAUGAUUUUGAUAACAUCAGUCUAUUUGUCUCUUCACGGAUGCCACGUGACAGGACCAGCCGAGCGUCCGUAGGAAGCACUAGUGACAGCAGCCCAUCCAUCAAUGAGGAUGAAGACAAACAUUAUGUGAAUGGAUCAGACCUGGAUACUUGCACCAGUGGGGAUGAAUUUCAUGUAAAUAUGUCUUACAAAUUCAUUCAAAGGUUACUCUUUUGCUUAUGCAGAUCCAUCGAUUAGUAGAAACAAGACUGAAAUUAGCAGCUCUUUCUGUGGAUCUGUAUAAAUAGUUUUUCCAUGGAAAAGUAACUUGUGUUUUAGAUGUUUUAGAGUAAUUCAUUGUAAAUAUGCACUCGAAGUCCACUCCUGGUCAUUGAAGCUGAAGACAUUCAGUUCUUCUCCCUUCUCAUAAAAUCAAUGUGGUAAUCCAGGAGUCCUUUUUUUUUUUUAAUUCUUUAUUUUUCAUAGAAAAAAGAAGUACAUAUGUGUGCCAAUGAAUAGGCUUAUGCAGAAGCCGCAAGAGAAGUGCAUAUAUGAAUGACAAUGUGUAGGCUCACGCAGGAGCCGCGAGAGAAGUGCAUACACGUAUGACAAUGUAUAGGCUUACGCAGAAGCCGCGAAAGAAGUGCAUACUUAUGACAGUGCAUAAGCUUACGCAGAAGCCGCAGUGCGUUUUCAGAUGGUUCAAUUACACAAUGGGGAGGGGUGUUAUCUUAAGGCAAGAUAUAUUCUUACUGUCGCCGCUAGUUUCGUCGGCAGUUAAUUUGUCAUCUCAUGGUUUGCUGAGACAACUCUACGUGGUUUGUCAGUGAGGUCUUGCCUUGAGUACAUAUGUCACUUCAAUUAGCGUGGUUUUGUACGGUUGUUAAUAAAACAUAUCAUAACAGUUAUUCUAAAAUCCUGUAUUAACCAGAAGCAUUGUAUUUAGUGAUACGGUGAAUUGGUGCGCCUGUCUCCACGGCUCGGACGAGGGGCGUUGUGUGCCCUUUUGUCGUUAGCCCUACGUGUGUGUUCAGUUCCCCUGUCCGCCCUCCGUGUUCUCCUGAUAUUGUUCCCAUAGAUCCUAUAUUUUGCUAAAUUUUUUGGUGGUGUGCAUGACCAGGGAAGUUAAUCUGUCCAUAAGGUAGUUAUCUUUUAUCUUCGCUACGACCAGUGCUACUGGGGGCAUUUCCGGACAUAGCCAUUUCUGUGCUAGUGCUCUACGGGCCGCUAAGUAUAUCAUAUUUAACAGUUGUUGCUUUGGGCGUGGAAGCCCAUCUGUUGGUCUUGAGAGGAGGCAGGCCCAGGGGUCUAGUUUUAGUGGUCUCUGCAAUAUGUUAGUGCUUAGGUUGAUAAUUUGAACCCAAUAGGUCUGUACUAAGGAACAUGUCUAUUGCACUUCCACCACAUGUGCACAUAGGUGCCUUGUUCCCCGCAGCCGUGCCAGCAAAGAUCUGUGGGGGUGAUCUGCAUGCGGAAUUGUUUUAAUGGUGUGGUGUACCACCUGAAAAGUGUUUUAAAUGAUUGUUCCUGGAGGGUGACACAUAUUGAUGAUCGGGCUGUGGCCUCCCAAAUGUCCUGCCAAUCGUAGCCCUCUAAUGUCUCUCCCAGGUCUGUCUCCCACUGGUCUGUGUAUCGUAGCUCCCCCCAUUCUUUGGCCUCCUCGCUGAUGUGAGAGUAUAGUAACAAUAUGAGUCCACUGGGGUGUUUUUCCUGGUAGCAUAUAUUCUCGAACCAGGUGAGUGGGAGAGUGGCCAUCUCCUUGACUUCUUUUGAGCUAGCAAAGUCUCGUAAUUGGAGGUAGCGGAAGAAGUUCUUGGUUGUAAGGGGGGAUUGUUCCCUGAGCUGGUCGUAUGUGACUACUUGGCCGUUUUUGUAUAGAUGGCAAUAUCUCUGGAUGCCUGCUCUCUCGAGGCCACUAAAGUCACCUGCUGUCAUUCCUGGUGGGAAGGAUUGGUUCCUGAGUACAGGGGACAUUGGAGAGGGGAACCUGCUUAAGGAGUAUUUAGUUGCUGUUAGGUCCCAAAUUCUUAGGGAGUUCGUUAUUGCUGGGCAGGUUACUCUAGGGAGUGCUCUGUGUGUCUUGUGUAACCAGGGAUAGAACUGUGGUAGGUUAAGCCCCAUUAGUGAGGUUUCGAGUUCUACCCAACGACGGGUGUCUGGUGUGGAGUGCCAAUAUGUUAUUUGCGCCGUCUGCGCUGCUAGAUAGUAUAGGUACAUGUUUGGAAUCCCAGUCCCCCUCUGUCCUUGGGUCUGUACAGGAGUUUCCUGGCUAUUCUGGGUCGUUUCUUUUGCCAAAUGAACAUGUCUAUUGCUUUUUGGAGUGUGGACAAGUCGCUCCUCUUAACCUGUGUGCGCAGGGCCUGGAACAUGAAUAGUAACCUGGGUAGAAUGUUCAUUUUAAUUGAGUGGAGUCUACCUAACCAUGAAAUGGGUUUGUCUGUCCACUGCUCUAGGUCUCUCAGGAGUGUAUGAAUCAAUGGGGAGUAGUUAGUGUUGUGUAGGUGUUUGUACUGUGCUGUAAGUUUAGGGUAUGUUGUCAGCUGUGGUGGGUAGACCGUAUCUGUCGUGUAUUAUGGCUUUGUCUUGUGUCAGGAGGUGGAAUGGUAGUGCCAUGGAUUUGACAAGGUUCACUCUAUAGCCCGCAAGGGUUCCGUACUUAUCCAGGAGGUCAGUCAAAUGUUCCAUGGAGGUCAAGGGGUCUGUGAAAGUCAGCAGCACGUCGUCUGCAUAUGCGUAGACGUUGAAGGUUUUCCCUGCUACCCUUAUUCCUUGUAUGUGUGGGUGUUGGCGUAUGGCUUGUAGUAACGGUUCUAGGGAGAUGGCAAAUAGCAGUGGGGAUAGAGGGCAUCCCUGGCGUGUACCGCUAUGAAGGUGGAAGGGGGUCUUAGUGGCUCCUGCUAUUAGGGUUUGGGCUCUCAGGUUAGUAUAUAAGGCGCGCGUGGUCCAGGAGUCCUUUUAAGUGGAUUAUUCACAAAAGUGACAAUUGUUGGGAAUUUAAAAUUUAUUUCAAAUUUAAAGGGACACUAUAGUCACCAGAACAACCACAGCGUAUUGCAUUUGUUCUUGUGAGUAUAAUCAUUCCCGUCUUUUCAGAGAAAAUGCAGUGUUUACAUUACAGCCUAGUGAUAACUCCACUGACCGCUCCUCAGAUAACUGCUAGAGGUGCUUCCUGGGGGAGUGAUGCACAGUGAACAGCACUUCUAUUCAGUGUCUCCGCCUUCUGCAUGCAGACACUGAACUUUCUUCAUAGAGAUGCAUUAAUUCAAAUGAGGAGAUGCUGAUUGGCCAGGGCUGUGUUUGACUUUUGCUGGCUCUGCCCCUGAUCUGCCUCCAUGACAGCCUCAGCCAAUCAUAUGGGAAAGCAUUGUGAUUGGCUCAGACCACCACUUCUAAUGAUGUCAGCAGAUGGCAAGCAGGUCAGAGGCAGACAGGGGCAGAGCCAGCAGCUGCAGACUUGAAUACAAGUAAGAUUUUACUAUAUUUAGAGGCAAGAGGGGUGGUUUUAACACUAUAGGGUCAGGAAUACAUGUUUGUGUUCUUGACCCUAUAGUGUUCCUUUAAGGCCAAAGUAGCUGAGCUACAGCAACAUUAUCCACAUCAGAAAUUCUUUCAAUUUGGCUUCUAAGUUAAAUAAAUCAUGACAUGGUGUAAUGUGUGGUGUUGCUCAUCUGAGAUUGUAGUGUACCUAAUAUUGAGACCUGUAAGGAACAGAUGAUUGUUGUUGUGUCCUGAUGUGUUAAACCAUUGAAUUCAAAUAGGGUGUACUUUCUUCUUCCCAUGACUGUAUGUCGAUUUACUACAAAAAAAACAAUGUUUUACAUUGCAGGGUUAUAAUGACAGAACCAUGCACCCAGACCUCAUCAUUGAGAUGUGAUUGGUUGAUUUUAGUGAUAUUUUACUCAUUUGAUCCCAAGUAGCCUGUAAUGCCACGCUUGUUUAUACAAACCACAAGAACAUAUGACAUUAUGUUAAUUAUGGAAUUAAUAUCACAUAUGCAGGGAGUCAAAGGAUCAAGAUGUCUUUCGUGCAUGGCAAAGCAACAACAUCAACCACCAGAUCAAGAAGUAGCAAUAAGUUUGUUUUUUUCUCACCUCUGAUGCACAUUACACUUCAGUAAAUGCUUCAACAGUGUUCACUGGAAGGUGCAAAAAGGAAUUGCUUCCAGUAGAAAUGUGACACUUUUUUAUUAGUAAAUGCUAAGUAAAUGAGUAAAUGCUAAGCAUAAUAAUCAUGCUCUAUUUUGUUCAUUUCAGAUUUUUUAUGCAGUUUAUGCAUUUGAAGCUAGGAGUCAACAAGAGCUUAGUUUGGAGGAACACCAAAGAGUCCGGAUUCUGCAGUUCUGUGACUUGAGUGGGAACAGGGAAUGGUGGCUUGGGGAAGCACAUGGCCAGAAAGGAUAUGUCCCAGCUAAUUACCUGGGGAAGAUGACUUAUGCCUAAAAAAUUGUUUUUACUAACAAACUAAGACUUGAAAUAGGCCAGUGAAGGAAAAAGUGAAACACAGAAUAUUUCUGAAGACUUCAUGUUCAAGACAUGUAAUGAUGGAAUACUGUUUUGAGGUUUCUGGAGGUCUUUACGAUAUGACGGUCCUAUUCCUUUCCGCAUCUUCAUGCCUUUACAAUUGCUUGCAUAAAAUGUUGGCAACCAAGUUUAUAAAAGGUAUCUGUCCUUUAAAAACAGAUGUUUGACCCACUUAUCAUUCAAUUCUUCGGCAUAGACUCCUAUGCCGAAGAGUGACAGAAAGGGCAGAGACCUCUCAAAAGCUGUCUUUCUGGUCUCCAAGCAUAGCAACCAAAGUGCAUGUGCUAUAUUUACUGUGUUAGCUCCCUAGCCAAAGCUGCUAGUGCUUGCUAGGGGCACAGGAAUGGAGUGAUUGAAUGGAAUGUACUGACAUCUCUCUGUUCAGACACCAGCAUGCUGGCAAUCAGCCUCACAAAGGACUUUUGCCCUGCUUGGAGAAGCAUCACCAAGUAGGGCAUAUGAAAGAAAAGAGUGGGCGAAAAGCAGUCAGAUUGAACUGGAAGUGGAGGUCACUGAAAUGUAAAGUGAGGUGAGUUAAUAUCUCACAAUUUUACAUUGAAUACAUUCUAAAUAUCUGUGAUAUGAUGUAUUCAAUACAUUGAGGGGGGAGAUUUAUAUUAACGUAAAUCUAACAUGACAGGUUAUUUUAUCGUUAAUGGCAGAAAUAGCACUUGGUCUACCUAGACCACCUAAAUGAUUGUAAACUCUUAUGUGUUUAAUGCACUUACUAAAUUUAUGUGUUUUUUUUUUUUUUUUAAAUUUCAGAGCAGCUGUAAAGGACAAUGUAUAACAAUAGUUAUAUUAAAAAUGAAUACAAAAUAGGAAUCAAGUACCCAACUCCUUUAUAGUGGAUAAUACAAUUAAGAAUAUGUGAGGUAUAUUUAAAGGAACACUUCUGCAGAAUGGCAAUGUUUUACACUGAGAGGGUCAUGGCAUCCAGUCCACUUCAUUUAGAUGAAGUGGUCUUGGUGCCUUUAGUGCCCCAUUACAUUGGAUAUAAAGUGCACUGAACAGGCACUCCUGGUACUGGGUAUGACUUGUACUGUCACAUUUUAAAUAAUAUUUUAUCCUUUAUGCUUUCUUACAGUUUAAGAGUAUUCUCCUACUAUGACCUAACUUCAGAACAGACACACAACUUAUAAACAUAGCUCCUAGUUUUGUAAUAGUUGGCCUACUGCGCAGUCGGCAAUAGUAUAGGAACCAAAUUAAAUGCAGCCUCAAUCAAAAGAGCUCUGCUUGAUAAACCAAACAUAUGAUUUUCUUUAUCAUAUGGUAUAAUGGCCUAGGUAUGUUUGCAUUAUUACAUAUCCCCAACAAUGGUAGGUAUGAAAGCAGGGCGGGCAUGGGAGGGUCAGAAGGAGGAGCCAACAUUGUGUAGACCUACUCAUAAAGUGGGUGAGUCCAUCUGAUAAGGGUAGGUGUCAGUCUGCCAGGUGCUCCAGGCUGAUCAACUCAGGGCAGACCAUAGAGUGCGCCUGAAGUGCCCUGUCCAUGAUGAUAGCUUAUAGAGUACUGUAGUGUACUGUAAUGAUCAUCUAUACCAAAAACAUACAGAUUUUAAAAGGACACUAUAGUCACCAGAACAACUACAGCUUAAUGUGGUUGUUCUGGUGUGUAUGUAUAGAUUAUCCCCGCACGCUUUUUUAUGUAAACACUGCCUAAUAACAUCUCUAGUGGCAGUCACUCAGAUGGCCACUAGAGGUGCUUCCUGGGUCAGUGCUGCACACAUUCAGCGUCUCCAUGCUAUGCACUCUGAACAUUCCUCAAAUGGUGAGUGAAUGAACUUUUGCAAAGGGGGUGGAAAUCUAAAAUUUAUUUUACAUUUGUUUUCCUAACACUAUAGCAUUCCUUUAAGCAUUUUGUGUCCGUUUCUCUUUUACAGAUCUACCUCUUUGCAUAAAAAUGUAUGUUUUAGGUUUAAAUAAUUUCUAUAUUUUUAGAAUCCUGUUCAGUUUAAUACAUGGUCUGCUAUUGAUAAACUCUAGAAUCAGAACAUUAUCCCUGAUGGUAAAAUGCCAUGUGAAAAAGGAAAACGGAAAGGGCAUGGUGUACAUACGUGUAGUGCUAUGAGUACAGUUGUGGAAUUAUAUUGUAUUUAGCAUACAGCAGUGAAUUCUCUUAAACUGAGAAGUCGUUAUUAAUGCAAGUCCAUAAACCAUUGUGCAAGUUUUUUAACUUAUAUUGGUGAUGAAAUAUAAGUAAUACUAUCAGACAAAACAGAAAACAGCAUUAUUCAUAUUUAUCAGAAAAGUUUUGAAAUUCAGUUGAAUAUAGUUUUGUUUUUUAUUUUUUAGCCGAUAUGAAGAUUCAAAGGAUUUUGAGGUGUUAAAGGGAGCUACAGGGAGCUAGUAAGGUCAAUGAUUUCAUUUAAUCACGGUGCUCAUUUUGGGUUUGUUGUACUUUAUUUUUAAAUGUACUGUUCUCCUAAGUCUAAAGGGAUCGAUGUUAAAUCUGUUAGAAGCAGUGUUGCUAACAGUCUCUAUAUAUUCUGUGUCAUACCUGCCCGACCAGAUACUAUCAUGGUAUUCGUUAACAUGUGAAUAGUCAUGAAUUUCAAGUUUUAUUUCAAAAUAUAUUAAAAUGGAAUCAUAGAUAGGUUUUUCUGAUUAAGGAUAAUUUGUUUUGUGAAACAUUUUAAGUACAUUUUACUAUGCUGUAUGUAAAUUGAUUCCGUUUCAAACUGUUUUGCUGCUAAUAAUAUGAAUGAAGUUGAAAACACACCUUAGAGAAUAUAGUCCUCACAAUAACCAAAGUAGAAACCUAGAUGAGUUGAAGAUUUAUUUAUUUUUACGUUCUUGCAAAUUGGAUUUUUAAUUCAGAACAAUUCCCUGUUUACUGGGAUAUUCACUAAAGUGUGAAUUAAACCAAAUUGCAAAAUUUAGGAAAAAAUAGCAAAUCUUGAAAAGAAUUUAAACUCAGCUAUUGUCACAAUUUAGCCUUAAUUUGGUAAUUUGGAUUGAAUUCACUACAAUCAAUGUUUAGUGUAUAACUCCAUUAGUGUAUAACAUCACAGGCUCCAGUCAGAUUCACUGUCUGUGAAAGUGAUACUUUGUUCUGUUUUCAAGGCUUUUCAUACUGUAAAAUGAUUUACAUUUUUUACUAAUUAAAUUAUGAUCAAAUAGCUUAUUUUUCUAUGGCAUCACAACUAUAUACAUAUUAAAUAUUGCACACUACAUGAGUGCAAUAUGGUUCUUAUUUUUAAAAUAAAAUACCUUUAAUUGUUUUACUGCAGAAAUUAAAGACACAUGAUAGAUGAGAAUCAAUGGACAUUAAUUCUAAAUAAUAUACAAGGAAAUCACUAUCAUAUAAGACCUGUCAAGAGAAAUAUUUAUUAGAAUAUAUAUUUUUUAUUAUUAUCAUAAAACCUUUUUUAAAGACUACGCAACAAAUUAAUUGGGCUUACAUGUCUCAUAUAGGGGCCAGUGGAAGUGUGCAUGUCCUUUCCGAGCAAAUAUCUUCUACUUCAAAGUGUAGCUGUGCUAGUGCAUUAAGUACUGUAAAUGGACAAUACACCACUAGCAGCAACCACUAUUAAUUAUUAAGGUCCUUAUGUGCAAAAUUACAAUUCAGAUAUUCAAAAACAAUUUGGGGGCACAUUUGAAGAUAAUCCAUGAGUUAAUUCUAAGCAAUUUUAGCACUCUGAAUGUGUGAAUCCACAAACUUUUUUUACAUUUAUCUCAUUACGUUAACACUAGUUCUCUAUAUAGCAUGCUGACAUCCUUCUACAACACUACCCGAGUACGGUAAAAUAAAGGUUGACUCUGCUUAAAUAACAUUGGAAUAGAGUCUUAUGCAAAUAAUGUACUAAGAAAUUAUAUUUUUUUUAAUUACAUUUAAGAUUAUUAGAAAUUCCCAAACUACUCAAACAACAUUGAUCAACUUCUAUUCAUACACACUAUAGGCAGUGACUAGCGGUGUAUUUUUUGUGAAUCCACUGGUCUUGACAUCAUUUAUCAGUGUUACCAUAGUUACAACACAAGCACAAGCCAAACCACAUACCCAGUGACAUAUUAAAGACUUGCAGAGCCUCCUUAGGAGCUGAGUUGUGCCUGUGUAGAUGUUCUAAAACAUCUGAAUGCAAUAUGAUGAUGCUGAAGCUCUGAAGCUUUUUUUCUUCUUUUUUUUUUUUUAAAAAAAACCCACAUUUAGUAUCAAGAUAUCAAUGUGUAGGUUAUUAUUGUAUUUGUUAUUUCUUAAACACUUGAUUAGAAUAAAAUAAAAUUUAAAAAAAAUCAACCAAACAUGUCGGACCAAAUGAAAAAAAAUUUUUUUAAUUGCUUUUCAGAAUGUUAUAACUCAUACUGCCAUAGUGAAACACAUUGGGUGUGAAUAUGUCUACAAAUUGUGGAGUGGCAGUCUUUUAUUUAAAUCUACAUUAAAAUAAAUUAUUAAAAAUGUUUUUUUGGAUUGGUCUGUAAUCGGUAUGAUAACAAAACGUGUAAUCAUGUAAUUGGUGGUACCGAUUGAUAUGUUAUGUAAGAUGUCUUAAAUGUACAGAUAGAGAUUUACAAUUUAAAGUGAUUUAUGC